GUUUGUUCACGUCAAUACGUCAGUAACUGUAUGCGUUGAUAGUUCAAAACCGUUGUUGACAUUGGGACUGUUUAAAGAGCCAGUUGUGGUCGAUUAGCGAGUUCAGCUAUGACGUCAUGUCCGGUAUAAACAUCAAAUGUCGUGCAGUUUCAAGUCUCGUGUGGUCGUGAUGAUGUCGAUUUAUUUAGAAUAUCGAUAAGAUAGAAUCACAGAUUCAGUUAUACUGUUAAAGUAGAGCGCGCUUAUUGAAGCAAAUGUAAAUGUGAUAAUGUUAAAUACAUAGUAUAUGCUAUAAGGUAAAAAGUAAUCAUAAAUAACCAUAUCAAGCGAUAUUGGACAAUAAAAGCAUUAAGUUAUAUAUUAUAAAUAAAUAUUAUUGCUCUGCGCAUAAAUAUGUUAUAUUUAUGUCUAAAUGCAAAGAAGUAACAUUUGCAAUGUCGAAAUAACGGAUAAAAAAAUAAAUAGCAAACUUGUUGUUUAGUUUUCGGAUAUAGUUAAGCUCAAUACAAAUUGAAGUUGUUUAACUGAUAUUUAUUGUGCAAUAAUGUGUUCAAUACAUAAUUCGGUGAAUAUUUAUUGGAGAACUAUAUGUGUGAGCUUAUUGUUUGUCACUUACGGUGGGUGGGGAAUGUUCAUACCGCCGACAGGGAGUGUGGAUAUUAAAACGGAGCCCUGCAUACUUAAACCGAACAAUACUGGCAUACCCUGUGUUAUGUACACGAUUGGCUACGAAAACAGCGGCGAGGCUUGCUCGAACCUUCCGGCCCUCUUCCCUCACCUGUACGAGGUCGAGGACCCUGCUGGCCUCACCUGGCCGAGUGAAGUGCUCAAUAACAAGGUCGUGGAGAACACCAUUGCAUGGAAUGCCCUAGCAGAAGGUAGCAUUCGCUACUUGAAGGGCUACCAGAUAUACGAAGAGGGAGCUGAUGGUAACACCAUCGGAAGCGAGAUCUGCAAAAUUAUAGACCUCUCAAAUGUUACAAAAGAUCAGUACCAGCCUUUGAGUAAGUCGUACUUCAUCCUUGUGAACUCAGAGGGCGGUGCGAUGUCGGUGACGAUCAAAGCACUUCCACUUCCGAUGGUCAACGCGAGCGUUCCGAGCGUCCCGACCGCCAUGGCCAUACCACCGUCACCGCAGGUGUACCAUCCGAAUCUGACGGUAUCCGUAGAUUAUCUCCAGUUGAACGUCAGUGCCGUGAACGUGUCCUUGAAGGUGACGCCGGAAGUGAAGGAUCUAAACGUCAUGAUCGUGCGCGUGCUGAGAGACCAAGCGGUCUUACAGCAGUUACGUGUGCCAGUUUCAACGGAAUAUUUUACUAUAGGAAACUUAACAGAUGGAAAGUAUAGCAUGCAGUUCAUCCCGGAAGACACCAGUGCCUUCGGCACGAAGGGUCCGUGUUUGUGUUACCUUGGAAACGAGACUAACUGCGUGCCAUGUCUGCGCUACACGAGUGAGAUCUCCGUGGUCUCGAACACAGUCACCGAGAGCGAAGGGACAUCUGCUGCCACUAUCGCUGUCGUCGUGGUAACGCUAUUUGCCAUGGCGGCCAUAUUGGUCGUAUUCUUGUAUAUACUGCGCAGAACCGGAAGACUUCCUGAUUGGCUGAAACGUUACAUCUCAAGGAGUGGAAAUGAAAGCGAUGCUAGCACAGGAACAAGUACAAGGAAGCACACCUUUACGAUUCAAAUCCUCUACGCAUACGACCACGCGGCUCACAAUGAUUCCAUCAAAGCGCUGACAGCACUCCUAAAGACCAGCCUUCAGUGUCGCGUGUUACUGAACGGGAUGGAUGAGUUGGCAUGGUACGACACCUCGAACACGUCUCUGUCCUCUCAGGAGAGUUACCGGGAGGUGGACGCCCCGGUGACCUGCGUUACAGACGCCCCGGCAAUAUUCGAAACAGAAGCCUCGGUAACAUGUGAAACAGACGCCCCGGCGACCUGCGGGACGGACAUAUUCUUGUUCGUGCACUCUGACUGGGUAGACAUACUCGUGAAAGCGGUCCAAACAGGGGAGGUCACCCCAAGUGAUGUGGUGAAUCAAAGGGACCACUCUUUUCUUUUAAGUUUUAACGAACUUUGCACAAGUCCAGAUCUCAGAGAUCGUACAGUGUCGUUACAAUUCAUGUACUCGUCAGAGAGUUCCGUCAUCCGAGAACCAUUUCUUGGUGUCCUGUUCACGUUGCCAGAUAACACCGACGCGUUGAUAAAUCAUAUCCGAAACAGACUCUGUCCGAAUACCAUGACAAACCCGGUGGUCAAUCCCACUGACAAAUUGAAUCUCGCUUCGCAAAUAAACACAGCCUUCAUGUUCCAAACCACGCAUAGACUCUGGUUGAAGACAAAACUGUUCUCUCUAAAGGAAUCGCAAUCGAGUGACGACUCGGGGGUGGUGGUGUCCCGCCGCCGGAAAUGCAGGCCUCGCAGCCUGCGUUCCCGAAGUGCCGACACAAUGACCUGUCAUGAAUGUCAAUCGGCCCUCAGUAGGCGCCAUGUGUGUGAACACUGUGAUCAAAUUAGCGGCACAAGGCUGCGUUCGAACUCAUGUACCGUCAGUUUCUUUCCGCCCGACAACGUUGAAGACGCUAGUGUCGGAUUUAGUAUUUUAGAAACAAGGUUUGCAAACGUCAAUAAAAGAUACGUUUCAUCGGACAGUAUAGGAAAAUCAAUAAUCUAGCAGUCAAUAAAAUAAAACCGAUCAUUUUUUAUUACAAAUGAUCAACCAGUU